GCUUUUUGGGGGUCUGGCGGCGACCGUGAAGCCCACGAACGCUGUCUAGGUUGGCAGCUCACUAGGUUGGAAAAAACAGAGUUACAGAGACACCACGAGCAGCAGGACUAUGACUAUUGGAAGAUAAUGUUAUAACUUAUAAAAGCAAGUAGAGCCAUGGCAUGUAACGUUAGUCGUGCCGUGAAUCCUACAACAAUAAGGUGUUUACAGGAUAUAUAGACCACUGUCUUAUUGUGCAUGACAGAGCUGGUGUUGUAAUCCAGCAUCUUGAGAGUCCUGCAUGCUGCUGUCCUCAGUCCAGAUCAAGAGGUCACGCGGAUGAGUGCAACAUGGCUUUUGUGUGACUGUCACAGUGUUCUGGGGAAUUUGCUUUGUUAUUUGCACUCUUAUUCUCAGAAGUCUUGUCAUUAAGUGAAAUACUUUGUGAUAUUUCUCAGAAAGUUGAUAUGGCAGACAAAAAAGGGAAAUCUGUGGGGGUGAAGAGGACACUAACAAAAAGAGAGCAAGAGGAAAUGAAGAAAAAGGAGGAGGAGAAAGCUGCUGAAGUCUUUGAGGAAUUUAUAGCUUCUUUUGACACUAAUGAAAAAAGUGGAGUGAAGACAUUCGUACGAGGAGGAAUUGUAAAUGCAACUAAAGAGGAAGAAGCCGCCGAAGUGAAGAAGAGCAAACUGUACAGACCCGCCUCUAAAUUCACUUCUCCACCUCAGAAUGCCUCGCCUGUCCAACCUGCAGACGUUAAAAAAACUGCCGUUAAAAAGAAAGUGGAGGAGAAGAAGAAAAAGAGUAAUCUGGAGCUUUUUAAAGAGGAAUUAAAACAAAUCCAGGAGGAAAGAGAGGAACGAUACAAAAGGAAGAAAGGUGAUUCUGGAGGAGUAAACCCAGAUCUGGAUUUACCCCCGACACGUCGAUCAAUAUUUGAUGAUGAUCCUGUAGUGCCAAACACAACAAACCUGUACAUCGGCUGCAUCAACCCCAAGAUGACAGAGGAGAUGCUGUGUAAGGAGUUCGGGAAAUACGGUCCUCUGGCCAGUGUGAAGAUCAUGUGGCCACGCACUGAAGAAGAGAGAACAAGAGUCACCAACCGCGGUUUUGUUGCUUUCAUGACACGGAAAGAUGCAGAGCGUGCUCUGGCCGCACUGGAUGGUAAAACAGUAAUGGGUUUUGAAAUGAAGCUAGGUUGGGGGAAGGCAGUACGUAUUCCUCCACAACCUCUGUACACCCCCAUCGGGGUUCUGAAGACCACUGCCCCCCCUCCACCUUCUGGACUGCCAUUCAACGCCCAACCCAGAGACCGCUUCAGAAAUUACUUCACCAAGCCACGCAGCCGCUCGCAGGAAGACAUUUACAAGACUCUGUCCGAGGCCGUAGUGACAGUGGUAAUCCCCCCAGAAAGGAACCUGCUGGGCUUGAUACACAGAAUGAUUGAGUUUGUGGUGAGAGAGGGACCCAUGUUUGAGGCCAUCAUCAUGAGCCGGGAAAAGGACAACCCUGACUUCAGGUUUUUGUUUGAUAAUAAGAGUCAGGAGCAUGUGUACUACAGAUGGAAACUCUACUCCAUUCUCCAGGGAGAGAGCCCAAAUAAAUGGAGGACGUCACCUUUCAGAAUGUUUAGGGGCGGCUCUCUGUGGAAGCCACCUCUCCUUAACCCGUAUCUCCAUGGUGAUGAGGAACCAGAAGAGAGCUCCUUCCCUUCUCAAGAGGAAGAGCCAAAGAAAGGGCACCUGAAGGCAGAGCACAGAGAGAGGUUGGAGGCCUUGCUGAGAGGGCUGACUCCUUGCAGGGAUGAGAUUGGUGAUGCAAUGCUGUUCUGCCUGGAGAGAGCAGAGGCUGCUGAGGAGGUCGUCUCCUGCAUCACUGAAUCUCUGUCUAUAGCACACACACCACUGCAGAAGAAGAUUGCCAGACUUUACCUGAUAUCGGACAUCCUCUACAACUCCUGCGCCAAAGUUGCCAAUGCGUCUUAUUACCGCAAAUUUUUUGAAACAAAGCUGCCGCAGAUAUUUGGAGACAUCAGUGAAGCGUAUCGGAACAUCCAGGCCCGACUCCAGGCAGAGCAGUUUAAGCAAAGAGUCAUGGGAUGUUUUCGUGCGUGGGAAGACUGGGCAGUUUAUCCAGACUCCUUCCUGAUCCAACUGCAGAAUAUAUUCCUGGGGCUUAUUAAACCUGGAGAGGAAGUCAUUGACAGAGCAGAGCCCAAAUCACCUGAUCUGGAUGGGGUGCCAUUGGAUGGUAUUCCUCUGGAGAGAGGUGAAAUUGAUGGUACACCCCUUGAUGACCUUGAUGGAUCACCUUUGACCUGGGAUCCAUCCUCUAUAGAUGGUGUACCGGUUGAUGACAUAGACGGUGUUCCCCUAGGAAACUCAAUAGAUGAUAUUGAUGGUGUGCCAUUUGAUGAAAGCUCAGAUAAGACUUUACCCACUGUUGCACUGUCUAAAUGGGAGAAGGUGGAGGAUUCAGAAUCCUCAGCCAAGAAUGACUCAGACACUGAGGUGAAUUCGAGUGGCCUGAAGGAAAAUGAUGGUGACUCUGAUAUGAGCAGUGAUGAAGCUGACAGCCCCAGCAGGUAUGAGGGGGCGGAGUUUAAGAGUUCUCUAAGGAACUUUGAGCUGUCUGAAAGCAAAAGGACACGCCUCCGAGAACUGGAGGUGAAGGUGAUGAAUUUCCAGGAUGAGUUGGAGUCGGGCAAGAGACAGAAGAAGUCUAGUAUGACUCUACAACAGCAAGUUCAGCAUUACAGAAACAGACUGCUACAGAAGGAGUUUGACAAGGACGACCAGGAAAAGAAAGACAAAUAUUCACAAAAACAGAAAGACCGGUCCAAAAAAGAUGAGCGGAGAGAUAAAGGGGAGGACCGGAGUAAAACAAGGGAUAAAGAAAAAAGUAGAAAGAGUGAGGACAGAGAAAGGAGUAGAGGACGAAGUCGAGACAAAGAAGAGAGGAGAGAGAGAACAAGAUCUCGAUCCCCACGGAAGUCAAAACGCUCUCAAUCACCAUCACCGCAGCACAAAUCCUGGAGGUCAUCGUCCCGAUCACCACAUCGCUCGAGCAAGACCAAGAAGAGUAAGAAGAGUAAACAUUGAACUCUGACCCUUUGAACCCCGUUACCUCCACAGUCAUCUGCUAACACAGCCUGAUGGAGCCUGUGGAUGGACUGCUUCUGUCAUGCACAUCAACAUGUCUCUGUUCCACAGUUCUUUGAUUAUAGACUUGCAGCUGAUUUACAGCUGUUCAUUUGUUUCCGGAACGGUCCUCAGUGUGGCUGCUGCGAUCACAACCCUGGGCUUGGCUGAGUUUUUCUAAGAUGAAGUGUGAACUUGUACAGAUCUUUUUGUUUUGUAAACUUUUAUUUGUUUUCCUCUUGUUUUAAAUCGAGUGUUUAAAAAAUGCUGCAAGAUUAACCCUCCGCCUCCAAACUUUACAAUAAAAACAAUUAUUGAAGGAAAUCUGUGUCUUGUGAAUAUUAUGUAAGGGGUUAGAGGUUUUCAUAAAGCAAUUGUUGAAUAUAUUUGAAUGCUUUAUAGUGAUUUCUAUGAAUGGUGUUCAUAGGAGGCUCAGAAUAAAACUGUUAUAACUA